ACGUCUCUCUCUCUCUCUCUCUCUCUAUCUUUGUCUGUCGACUCAAUGUAACUUGUUUAACCUUUGCUUUGAAGAAUGAAGAUCCUUCGCCCUCUGUAAUUUCAGCAAUACCACUAUCAUUUCUAUUUCUAUCUAUCUCUGAUUCUCUGACGUAAAUAUCAUUUUCUACUCUUCCUGAAAUAUCUCUUAAACCUCCUCAAUGCUUCAUUUCCAUUACACGGAGGAUUCUGAACUUAACAAAUAGAUGAAAACUACUUCAACUUGAGGCUGUUAUAGACAUAUAUGCAAAAUAUCUUGAAUUCAAAGUGUGGCAGUUGGGCAUUUCCUAAAUUUCCCAAAGACAUGCGGUCAGCCUAUUUUCAGCAGAAAUGAAGAACUUGCAGAGCACACAAGAAUUACAGUCUUCAGCUCAAGCUUCUCAUGAGUCCCAGAGUGAACAACCAAACAAUCACACAACUGAUGUUCCCGUCAAAGACUCAGGUUCACCAUCUGCUUCAAGCAAUGAAAGCAAAAAAGUUUCACGGCAGGAUAUUGAGCUUGUCCAAAAUCUAAUAGAAAGGUGCCUACAAUUAUAUAUGAAUAAAGAUGAAGUGGUCAAAACACUCUUGACUCGGGCAAAGAUAGAUCCUGGAUUUACAACUCUGGUAUGGCAGAAGUUGGAAGAAGAGAAUGCCGAUUUCUUUAGGGCCUACUAUAUCAGGCUAAAAUUGAAAAAGCAAAUACUUUUGUUCAAUCAUUUGCUUGAGCAUCAGUAUCAUCUGAUGAAGUGUCCCUUGCCUACAAAGGUUCCAUUGGCUCCUAUACAGAAUGGAAUCCAUCCAAUGCCUGUCAACAACCUACCUAUGGGAUACCCAGUGCUACAGCAGCAUUCCAUUCCAGCAGCCAUGGGCGGUGGCAUAUCAAGCUGUCAUGUGGUUAAUGGAGUCCCAGCACCCAGCAACUUUCAUCCCAUUCGGACGAAUUCUGGGAAUGGUAUGGUGAUGGACCACAGUGCUCCCGGUAUUGCUCCUAUUAUUCCACCAAAUAGUGCAAUGUCAUCCUUAUCAGAAAUGCCAGUGAGUCCGGCAUCAGUAGCAUCCAGUGGCCAUUUCCCCUUCAGUACGUCUGAAAUAUCAGGAAUGGGCACAGAUACAUCUGUUCUUGAUACGGCAUUUACAUCUGAUGUGGCAAACUCUGUAGGACUGCAACUUGCACCAGAUAACGGCACUGGCAUUUCUAGAUCACUGGAUCAAAUUCAGUGGAAUUUUAGUCUAUCUGAUCUAACAGCGGAUUUGUCAAACUUGGCAGAUCUCGGAGCUCUGGGGAACUAUCCUGGUUCACCAUUUAUGCAGUCCGAUUCAGAUAUUUUGCUUGAAUCUUCAGAUCAAAAGGACAUAGUGGAUGACUUCUUUGUUAAUACAGAGCCCCCAGGGUCUCAGUCAGACGAGGAGAGAGAUCUUAAAUGAAGUUGAGGCAUGUUAUGUUUCACCUUAAAAUUGUUAGUUUAGGUAAAAUUAGGAUUAAUAAAUGCUCGGCAUACAAGCUUACUGUUAAAGUGUAGGCAACCUGAUGUAUAAUAUCAUCAGCAUGAAGAUAGAAAAUGUCAUUUGCUAACUGUAGUUGUAAUCUUUUUAAUUCUUUUGAGAAAACUGCUAUUUGGGAAAGUUGGGGACUGUUUAGGAUGAAAUUGAUGCAUUUGGAUAUGUAUUGGUUGGAUCCUUGUCAACGUGAAGGUUGAUGUGAUUCUACUAGAGAGUUUCACAUUACAGUUAGUGACGAUGCAGAAUAAUUUUACUUUGUUGGAGAUGAAGUGUAACUGCAAUUUCUUGUCUUUAGUAAGGUACAGGAGGUUUUUAUAUCAUAAAAACUCUUGUUUCUGUGUCACUAGCUAUAUAAUAGGGGUGGAAAAUUAUGAAGGAAUAUCGCCCAUGCAUGUUUGUGCUUGUGGCAAACAUUGGUGGAGCGUAAUUUUAUGUUCCCCCCAGUUCAUGAUUAUUAUGGACAUUUAACAGACGUGUAUA